ACUGAUGUCUUUAGCAAUGUCUAACGCAGUGAAAAAUCCCAAACAGAGGGAGAAACUACUUGUGAGGUCAACCAGCGAGAGCCAGGCAUCUCGAGAUCUUAAAAGGCUUCUGUCUCUACUGGAAAGCAACGCUCCCAGACCAGAUGUGAAAUUAAAAACACAUGGUUCCGGGGCUAAGAAAUCACAAAUACCUCAUCCAAAUAACUCCAACACACACAAGUCCGAGCUCAAUGUAAACUUGGCACUACAGAAAUUCAGUGAAGAGUAUGAGAACCAAAGAUGCUUCAGCAGCCACCCCCUGCACAAACUCUUUAGUAACCUCCUCAUUUCUCUGGUCAAGAAUCGACUGUGCAGUGAAUGGCUUGACACAGCUGUAGCAGAAUCAGUCCUCACAGUUCUCACCUGCCUCCGAAUACUCGUCAGAGACAUGGAGCUUCAGAAACUGUUCCAUCAACACCAGGGCAUCACAUUAUUGGCCAGGUAUCUGGAUUCAGUGUGCGCAGCGUACUUCUCGUGUGGUGGACAGGUCUUCACAGGGCAGAUGCUGGUCACUAUGACAUACAUAUUCCAGAAAAUGUCUGCAUCUGAUGAGCUGAGGCUGCACAUCAUGGACACUGGUGUCCACAAGACACUGGUGAACCUCCUGUCCUCGACAGACAGUAGUGUGUUAGUGGGAGCUUUGCUGGCUCUCACCUCCUUGGCCCAUAUGUUUUUGUACAGUCCUGAAUGUAGAGAGCAGAUUGGUGAGCUCCAUAUAGUGGAGAACCUGCUUGUGAUUCUUCAAGAAUAUGACCUCCUCUCCAAGAGGAUGUGUGCGGAGCUGCUGCGUCUGCUAUGCUCGGAACAGUGUGUGCUGGGGCAGUUGUGCGCUCUGAGGGGGGUGCCUGUGCUCCUCAGCCUGCUCCAUUCGCACCACCUCAAGCUGCUGUGGAGCCUGUGCUGGGUCCUAGUGCAGAUGUGCCAGGAGCCUGAAGCCAGAGUGGAGAUCAGGAGCUGGGGAGGAGUCCAACAACUGCUCCACCUGCUCAGCUGUGACAGACAGUAUGUUUGGGACCGCUCCUCCAUUGAGACCUUGUCCAGUGCAAACGCAUCAGGUCGACUCCAUAAGCAGCACAUGACAGAGGAGCUGAGUCAACAGGAGCAGCGGGACAACAUCGCCGCUCUGCAGGCAGCCUGCUGCACAGCUCUGACAGAGCUCAGCCUGGAUGACUCUUGUGCUCACCACAUUGUACAGGAGAAUGGAGUCUUCAUUAUCGCAAAGUUUAUUCUACCACAGACUUAUGGAGCAGAUGGUGUCUUACAGUGCUAUGCAUUCAGGGCCUUACGGUUUCUGUUCAGUGUGGAGAGAAACAGACAUGUCUUUAAACGGCUCUUUCCCACAGACCUCUUUGAGCUGUUUAUUGAUGUUGGCCACUACGUCCGGGACCUCACAGCCUAUGAGACUCUGCAGGUCAAAGUCUCCCUCUACUCUGAGGAGGAGCUGGAGAGCCUGAGGGACAGUAUCAUGGCUGUGGACCAGAGCAGACCUCCUCUCAGGGUCAUCAGUGGAUACUCCAUACUGGAUCAUCUGGGCACAGGGGCCUUUGGGAGUGUCUUCAAGGUGAGGAAGCAGGGCAGUCAGACGCUUUUGGCUCUGAAGGAGGUGAACCUACACAACCCAGCCUUUGGUAAAGACAAGAAGUCCAGAGACAGUAAUGUGGACAAGAUAAUCUCUGAGCUCAGCAUCAUCAGGGAACAGAUGGCUCAUCCAAAUAUUGUCAAGUAUUACAAAACAUUUCUGGAAGGGGAGAGACUGUACAUAGUAAUGGAGCUGAUAGAGGGCGUUCCGCUGGCCGAACACCUGAGCUCUCUGAAGGAGAAGAACCAAAACUUCACCGAGGACAGAGUGUGGAACAUUUUUAUCCAGAUGUGCCUGGCUCUCAGAUACCUGCACAGGGACAAGCACAUCGUGCACCGGGACCUGUCUCCAAACAACAUUAUGUUAGGAGAUCAGGACUGGGUCACCAUCACUGACUUUGGACUGGCCAAACAGAAGCAAGAGAAUAGCAAGCUCACCUCAGUCGUGGGCACUAUUCUGUACUCCUGCCCUGAGGUGGUGAAGAGUGAGCCGUACGGGGAGAAGGCAGACGUGUGGGCUCUGGGCUGUGUGCUCUAUCAAAUGGCCACUCUGCAGCCUCCCUUCUACAGCUCCAACAUGCUCUCACUCGCCAACAAGAUUGUGGAAGCCCAGUAUGAACCAGUGGAGAGUGGCCGAUACUCAGACAGAGUUAUUCACAUGAUCAGAUGGUUGCUGAGCCCAUCCCCAGACCAGCGUCCGGACAUCGUACAAGUCAGCUCCAGCAUUUCGGAGCUCCUGAUGAGAGCCAUGGACCGGUUCCACACCUCCUAUAAUGCACUCGAGCGCAGGGCACAAAGGGACAGAAAGAGGGCGCACCAAUACUUCUUAGAAAGAAACCAGGCCAAUGUCCCCUCAGCUCCUACACAGGAUAAGUCCUCACUGGAAAUGCAUUCUUCCGCUCCACGUCAGCACAGUCCUACUCAGGGCGGCGAGGGCUCAGAGGAAGAGGAGGAACUGUUGGACUUAAAAAACAAUGGGCCUAACGGAGAAAUGUGUGUUUUCAAAACAAACCUGUGUCUAACCCCAGACCAGUUAACAGAGCGGGACUGUGCCUCUGCUAAGACCAAAUCCAGACCAGGCUCUGUGUCUGCAGCCUUGUGCGUCUCUCAAAGCAGAGUGAGACAGAUCGACGACCCGAGCAACAGACUCCUACUACAACUGCACAAAGUCCUCUUCAUAACACAGCUCCCUCCUGCUCCUCAUCACGAUUCCAAGCGCCAUCUGGUAGAGAGGUUCAAGAAGUCUCUGUUCAACGUGCACAGUGAUCCAUACAACCUGAAAGUAGAGCUCAGCAAGCUCCUCCGGGCGUCCUCAGAAGUCAUGGAGUUUGGUUUGGUCACCGACUGGUCUCUGAUCCAACAGCCCGACACACACUCCACAGUGGAUGGAAUCACUUAUGAACAGAUGCAGGUUUUCAUUGAAGAGCUGCUUGAGGAAAAUGGAUACUACAAAUCCACCAGGUGA